AUGGAGAAUGGGCAGCACCCUUGCCUCAUGGAGCCUCACACCCUCCCAGGGCCUGAGACUGCUCUGCAGGGUGACGGGCUAGAUCAGAAUUUUCCUGAGGCCCCUGAGGGUGGUUUAGACCCUGCCCUGUGCCUGAUCCAGGGAGGUACUCACACCAGCCUCUUCCCAUUUUGCCUCCACACCCUGCACAAGCCUCCACCUGGUCUGCUGGUCUCCUGGGCUCCGGCCCCAGUCAAGACUGCCUGUUCCUCCCAGAUGCUGUUUUGGCACAACCAGCAGGAGCACCUGUGGCCCAGUCCCGGGGAAAUGUACCCCGGCCCCCCCAGCAGCCUGCUCAGGGAGCCUCUGCCCUUGCCCUACCUGAAGCAGGAAGAGCUUCCUAACAUCCCCAGUGCGGAUCUGCCCUGCUCCAUGUUCCAGUAUGUUCUGUGUGCUGCCACCUCACCGGCUGUGAAGCAGCAGGAGGAGACCCUCACCUACCUGAACCAGGGCCAGUCCUACGAGGUGCGGCUGCUCUGCAACCCCAAGCUGGGGGAUGCCACCCAGUGUCCCCGGCUACUAAAGAGCGUGGUGCGCGUGGUGUUCCAUGACCGGCGCCUGCAGUACACGGAGCAGCAGCAGCUGGAUGGAUGGAAGUGGAGCCGGCCUGGAGAUCGUAUCCUGGACAUUGAUGUGCCAUUGUCCGUGGGGCUGAUAGAACCCCAGGUACUGCCCUCACAACUCAACACGGUGGAGUUUCACUGGGACCCGACCAAGAAGACCUCCCUUUUCCUGCAGGUUCACUGCAUUAGCACCGAGUUCACUCCCCGAAAGAAAGGUGGAGAGAAAGGCGUUCCCUUCCGCCUCCAGAUUGACACCUUUAAGCCUAGUGACAAGGAGCUUCCGCCUGAGCACCUGCAUUCAGCUGGCUGCCUCAUCAAGGUGUUUAAGCCCAAAGGAGCUGACCGGAAACUAAAAACUGACCGGGAGAAGGUUGAGAAACAGCCUCUGCACGAGAGAGACAAGUACCAGGCUGCCUGUGAGAGCACGGUCUUCGUGGAGUGUUCACCCUGGCCAGAACCCACUGCAGGGCCCCACUCACCUCUCAGCCCUCUGGCUCUGACCUCCCCUCACCCCUGCAAGCUCCUGUCCCCUGAGAGGCUCUGCGCCUCACCAUCAUACACUCUGGACACCUUAGGGGGCAGCCUAGCUGAGGAUCUGAAUCCUGGAGCCUCCAUCCCAGAGACACAGCAGUGGUUACAUCGGCAUCGGUUCUCCAGCUACUGUCGGAUCCUGGCCAACUUCACUGGUGAGGCUUGCCGGGCCUCUUCCCUCAGUCUGGCCCUGUCUGACUCUGCAGGCACUGAUCUGCUGAAGCUUACCCGCCAGGACCUUAUCCAGAUCUGUGGAGCUGCCGAUGGAAUUCGCCUUUUCAAUACACUUAGAGCCAGGUGCUGGGCACUGCCAAACAUGUCCUCUUCCCACUGA